ACCCUAAUAAUUAAGCAGCCUACACGUGUUCUUCCUUCACCACCCCCACAUCUCAUGUCACGUCAUCUCAUGAUGCACCCUCUUCUUUAUCUCUCUCUCUCUCUCUCUCUGAGAACGAGUGUUUAAUUUUGCUUUGAGAUUGAGAAAUCGGCCGGUCGGCGAUGGAUUUGAUUGACUCGGUGCUGAACUUUGUGGUGCCGCCGGCGAGCCUGGUGAUGCUGGCCGUUUCGUGGCCUGCGCUGUCUUUCCUGGGCGCAGGCCAGAGGUUUUUCAGUUCCUUUUUCAGUGAAGACAUGGAAGACAGAGUGGUCAUCGUCACCGGAGUUUCAUCUGGCAUUGGGGAGAAAAUUGCAUAUGAAUAUGCAAAGAGGAGAGCCAAUCUUGUAUUGGUUGCUCGAAGAGAGAAUAGGCUGCGAGCUAUCAGUGAGAAUGCCAGAAGGAUGGGCGCAAAGCAUGUGCUGAUAACAGCAGCCGACGUUGUUAAAGAAGGAGAAUGCCGGAGAUUUGUCAAUGAUACCAUGAAUUUCCACGUGGAUCAUCUUGUAAACACCGCAAGUCUGGGGCACACGUUCUACUUUGAGGAAGCUGCAGACACAUCUGUGUUCCCCAUUUUGAUGGACAUAAACUUUUGGGGAAAUGUUUAUCCUACAUAUGUUGCUCUGCCUUAUCUACGGCAAUUCCAUGGCUGAAUCAUAGUCAAUGCAUCAGUGGAAGACUGGUUGCCCUUGCCGAGAAUGAGCCUGUACGCUGCAGCCAGGGCAGCUCUCAUAAACUUCUACGAGACGCUGAGGUUUGAAGUUAAAGACGAGGUUGGAGUAACGGUUGCGACUCAUGGUUGGGUUGGGACGGAGAUAAGCAGCUGCAAGUUCAUGGUGGAAGAGGGUGCAGAGACACAGUGGAAGGAAGAAAGAGAAGCAAAUGCAGCCGGUGGGGCUGUGGAGGAGUACGCCAGGUUGAUCGUAGCAGGCGCCUGCAGAGGCGAUGCCUAUGUCAAGUGCCCGAGUUGGCACGAUGUCUUCAUGCUUUAUCGGCAUUUGCUUCUGGCCAACCAUGGCGCCAGAACUACUUCCACUGGAAGACCGCUUCCCAAGGCGGCGGUUCCUCCUCCGCGCAAGCUUCUCGCAGCUCCUCAGCAGUAGCAGAAAACUGAAAACGACAGCAAAAGCAAUAAGACUGUUUACAGCCAACUGGUGCAUAUGUUUAGUUUGUGUGGUAGAAUGUUUCAAACCAGACUGAGAAUUGCAUCAAUUCUGUGUUGAUUAUGUUAAUUCGUGAUAUCAUUGAUUAGACAUCCCAUAUGCCAUGCCUGCACCAAAAUGGAAUUUCUAUUGUAAGAGUAUUUUAAAAGAUCAUACACAGACUUAAAACACAAACAAGAAAAA